CGGUUGCUUUCGAGGGAAGCGGGAAGGGAAGACGCUCACCAGGAGAAAGGACGGAAGGAAGGAGGAGAAGAAGCAGGAGAAUGGGGAAAAAACAAUUCAUUUGUGAAAAAACCGACGAGGGAAGAGAGAGAGGGGGAAUCGAAGCAAUGCAAAGACGGGAACCCGCCGAUUGAGGCAAGAAAGAGAGAGAAAAAAAGGGUGUUCGUGCUGCAUAAAAAUAUGCAUUGACCACAGGGAGAUCACGUGGAGGUGAAAAGGAGGAAAAACAGAGAGAGAGAGAGAUCCUUAGCCCUUUUGCUUAAACCCCCCCUCUCUCAUAUGUCGACUACGCCUGGCUAUUUUCUUCUCUCCCUCUGUGUCUGAGAGGCUUCUUUUCUGCUGUGCGAUUUCAGUCCGUCUUCUCCAUUCUGGAGGCAAAUUCCGUGGAAUUUCGUGGUUCCUUGUAGAUAUUUGAUUGUUUUCUGACGUGUCCAAGCGAGAUUUACGCGUGGAUGAACCCCUAGCAGAUCGGAACGGCAGAACUGAAGCAGAUUUUCUUCAUAACGAUUUCCGUUUUUUCUAUUUGACUUCGCCUUUUCCUUUUAUAUAUUUUCUCAGCGACUGCGGUUGCGAGAAAAGUGAAGUUUCGAGCAGCUGUUAUAUUUCCUUUCGUGGUCUUUGAGUCUUCCUGUUAGAGGGUUGAAGUUGCCAUGGGUAAAAUUGAGCUCAUCACGUGGACAUUCUCCUCAUGCUGCCAAAGUCAGCAUCAGGAUUGAAUGCUUUGAAAGUAGCUUUCAAAGGAUUCAUGUGAUGGGUCCUUCAUACAUCUUUGUUUAUGCUCUGGGGGACCUGCACUACUACAAGAUUGCGGUCCAAAGUUCUCCGAUGAAUGGCUCUGACUUGUCUAAUUAAGCAUUUUAUGCUCAAUCUUUCCUUUUCCUGUGGCAAGUGCAAUGGGGGAAGAUUGUCCAAUGGAGGAAGAUUGUCCAAUGGGGGAAGAUUGUCUAAUGGAGGCAGACUUAGAAGUCCUUCCUUCUAUGUGGCCAGAAGAUUUGGGUGAUGAUGGUGGGAAACUCUUUAAUGUGGAAAAGCCAAGUUUAGAGCAAGAUAUGCUACAGGAGGUCAAUAUUGGAGAUGAUCCUUCAAUUAUGGACUUCAAGCGCCUCGUAGAAUUAACCAAGUACAGUGAGAAAGGUUCUUCCCAAUUGUCAUACCUUGUAAAGCAAUGGGAGUAUAAGCAAGCCAAUGUAGUCAAGCUCCUCAAUGAAGAGCUUGACAUAUUAAGCAAACAAAGAUGUGAAGCCGAACUCAAACAAUUGGAGAUACUGGAAGAUCAUCAAUUUGAAGAGGACAAGUCUGGUCAUGACAAGCGACCGGUUUCUAUAUUGGAAGAUGAUUAUAGUUUAUGGAAAACCAUACCUGCAACGAAAAAUGAUCUGGUAAUUGAUAAAAGACGAAUAGAGAUUGAUGCAGAAUAUGACACAGUUAAGUAUUGGAAACAGAGAGCCCUGCAACUGGAGAAAAUGUUGGAAGACAGCAUACAAAGAGAACAUAGACUUAAGGAGAAGCUGCAAUAUAUCAUAGAGAACAUGGAAAAAAAAUCCUCUCCCGUAGAGGAAUUGUCGCAGAUCCUGAAAAGGGCUGAUAACUUCCUGCAUUUUAUUCUCCAGACUGCUCCUGUUGUAUUUGGUCAUCAGGAUAAAGAAUUGCGGUACCGGUUCAUAUAUAAUCCCUUCCCCAGUCUUCAAGAGCAGGAUGUUAUUGGUAGAACAGAUGUUGAGAUCUUUUCUGGGGAAGGUGUCAAGGAAAAUGAAGACUUUAAAAGAGAAGUGUUAGAGAGGGGAAUAGCAGGAAAGAGGGAAGUCACCUUUCACACCGAGCUAUUUGGCUCAAAGACAUUUCUAAUAUAUGUGGAACCAGUAUUUAGCAAGGCGGGGGAAACUAUCGGCAUAAACUACAUGGGGAUGGACAUUACGGAUCAGGUUAAGAAAAGAGAAAAGAUGGCAAAAAUUCGGGAAGAAAUGGCAGUUCAAAAAGCCAGAGAAACAGAACUGAAUAAAACAAUUCAUAUCACGGAGGAAACUAUGCGAGCAAAACAAAUGCUAGCUACCAUGUCACAUGAAAUACGAUCACCUUUAUCUGGAGUUGUGAGCAUGGCUGAGAUUCUUGCCAACACCAAACUGGACUCUGACCAAAGGCAGUUAUUAGACGUCAUGCUAUCCUCUGGGGAUCUGGUUUUGCAGCUUAUCAAUGAUAUUCUGGACCUUUCUAAAGUUGAGUCAGGAGCCAUGAAAUUGGAAGCAACAAAGUUUCGACCAAGAGAGGUUGUGAAGCAUGUACUGCAGACUGCCGCUGCAUCCUUGAGAAAGGAGCUCACUUUGGAAGGAUUUGUAACACCUCAAGUUCCGAUUGAGGUCAUUGGUGAUGUGCUAAGGAUUCGGCAGAUUCUAACAAACUUGAUUACCAAUGCCGUCAAAUUUACACAUGAAGGAAAAGUUGGCAUAAAUCUGUAUGUGAUACCAGAACAUUGUUCUGAAAGUGUUAAAGAACGUUACCAAAACUCUUUGAAUGCUGAUCAGGCAAAUAUCGACAGUAAAGCAACUGUCUCUACUGCAUCUCAUGGUUCUCAGCAGGCAUCAUCUUAUCAAAUAGAUAAAGAAGAUCAAAGUCAGCACAAUGGUCUCAGUGAAGGUUCCAGACCUUCAAUAAGCAACGUUCCAUCUUUGUCAGAUGCAGACAAGGAGAAGCUUCAUUGUCCAGAUGGAACAAUUGUGUGGCUAGGUUGUGAUGUAUAUGACACUGGUAUUGGCAUACCAGAGAAGGCAUUGCCAACACUAUUUAAGAAAUACAUGCAAGUCAGUGCAGACCAUGCCCGGAAAUAUGGUGGAACAGGACUUGGCCUUGCCAUCUGCAAGCAGUUGGUGGAAUUAAUGGGAGGAAAGCUGAGUGUUACAAGUCAUGAAAAUUGUGGUUCAACAUUCACAUUUGUACUGCCUUGCCAUGUUCCUCAAGAAGAGGAGGUAUCAGAUGAUACUGAUAAUGAAAUUGGAGGUCUGCCCAACCAUCACACUCUAUCAUUUUCUGGCAUGGAGGAGGCUAAAGAAGGACAUUUUCACUUUCCACCUAGAGUAUUAUUAUCAGUUGGUGGAAGGAUGAAGCCUUCACCACUAAACAAUAACCUCACCAACACCAUUAAUGCAACAAUUGGAUUGCCUCCAGUUUUGACGCAACCUUGUUCCUUAAAUCAUGGUGCCAGAGAGCCAGCACUUGAUGAUUCUUGCUCACUUACAAACACUUCAGAAUCAUUUUUGGACCAUGAAGGUUCAUCAGAAAGGCAUUUAAGGCUUGAUAGUGAUGACAAAAACAUGACAAAAAGUGAUGACAAUGUUAAUGACCAAAGAAAUUCAAGUUGCGAUACGCUUUCCCAUGAAAUUUGUGAGGCACCAAGCAGCUCGAAGAUGAUGGGUCUGGAAGAAUGUCAGAAAACACAUCAGAGUCAGGAGGAUGAGAAAUCUGCUAAAAGCUGUGGCACGGCAACAGUUAGCACCUUGGAACCAAAAAAUUCCAGGUCAAAACCCAGGAUCCUCCUCGUUGAAGAUAACAAGAUCAAUGUGAUGGUGGCACGGUCAAUGAUGAAGCAGUUGGGUCAUCAUAUAGAUGUAGUGUACAACGGAUUGGAAGCAGUGCAUGCCGUUCAGUCUUCUGAAUAUGAUCUAGUUUUAAUGGAUGUAUGCAUGCCAGUAAUGGAUGGACUUCAAGCAGCAAGGCUAAUUCGCUCUUUUGAAGAGACAGGAAAAUGGGAUGAUACUGUUGUGCCAAAAGACGAGGCCAAAUUGCCUUCCUCGAGUGUUGAGUCUCAUGGACCAAAUUCAACAACACAAUGCAAAAGAAUCCCAAUUAUUGCAAUGACAGCUAAUGCAUUGGCUGAGAGCCCUGUUGAAUGCCUUGCAAAUGGUAUGGAUUCUUUUGUUUCUAAACCUAUGACCUUUCAUAAGCUGAAAGAUUGCCUUGAUGCGUUUUUGCCACGGUGAAUCUUUGUAUAUUAGUAGCUGUAUAUUUUUUCUAGGAAAAGGAAAGAAAAAUAACCUCCUGAAA